GCGUCCAUCSGUCAGGAAGCCAAGUCGCAGCCAUGGAGGUGGAGGAGCAGCCACCUCAGGAGGCUGAUGGGGAGCCCGUCCUGACAUCAGGGGCCUCGGGGUCAGUGCCCAGGGUGCUUUCCGGAGAACCCCAGAACCUGUCUGACGUGGAUGCCUUCAACCUGCUCCUGGAGAUGAAGCUGAAACGGCGGCGAGAGCAGCCCAACCUGCCUCGCACUGUGACCCAGCUGGUGGCUGAGGACGGGAGCCGGGUGUAUGUGGUGGGCACUGCCCACUUCAGUGAUGACAGCAAGCGGGAUGUUGUGAAGACCAUCCGGGAGGUGCAGCCUGAUGUGGUGGUGGUGGAGCUCUGCCAAUACCGUGUGUCCAUGCUGAAGAUGGACGAGAGGACGCUGCUGCGUGAGGCCCGGGAAGUCAGCCUAGAGAAGCUGCAGCAGGCUGUGAGGCAGAACGGACUCAUGUCUGGACUCAUGCAAAUGCUGCUGCUGAAGGUGUCUGCCCACAUCACAGAGCAGCUGGGCAUGGCCCCUGGCGGAGAGUUCAGGGAGGCCUUCAAGGAGGCGAGUAAGGUGCCUUUCUGCAAGUUCCACCUGGGUGACCGACCCAUCCCAGUCACCUUCAAGAGGGCCAUCGCUGCACUCUCCUUCUGGCAGAAGGUCAAGCUGGCCUGGGGCCUGUGCUUCCUGUCAGACCCAAUCAGCAAGGACGAUGUGGAGCGCUGCAAGCAGAAGGACCUGCUGGAGCAGAUGAUGGCCGAGAUGAUCGGGGAGUUCCCUGACCUGCACCGCACCAUCGUCGCGGAGCGCGAUGUCUACCUGACCCACGCGCUGCGGCAGGCCGCCCGGCGCCUUGAGCUGCCACGUGCCUCUGAAGCCGAGCCUAGGAAGUGUGUCCCUUCCGUGGUCGUGGGCGUCGUGGGCAUGGGCCAUGUGCCUGGCAUCGAGAAGAACUGGAGCACCGACCUCAACAUCCAGGAGAUCAUGACCAUCCCCCCGCCGUCCAUCUCGGGCAGAGUGUCCAGGCUGGCCUUGAAGGCCGCCUUCUUCGGCCUGCUGGGCUACGGCCUGUACUGGAUGGGCCGCCGCACCGUGAACCUGGUCCUGUCGCUGCCCACUAUGCAGUACUGCCUCCAGAGGGCGUCUGAGGCCCGGCCGCGCCAGUAAGCAGCCCGAAGAAGCCAGCACCGCCCUGGAGUCGCCUUGGGUGCAGGUGCAUUAAAGCCACCCCCCAUGGGGGUCCAGGCCAAGCCUCGCUGCCCUCCCCAGCCCCUGCCCACCAAAUAAAAGAUUAUUGAAUCAUCUGA